GGGCGUGGCGGGCGCUCGGCCCUCCCUCCGCAGGAGUGCGGGUGCCCGCCGAGGCCAGUCGUCGCCGCCUGGGACCCUGGCCCAGCUACCCGAGCUGCUCCGGACGUGCGGCGGUGCGGAGUAAGGUUCCUGAAGACUUUAAAGGAAACCUAAAAGGGGCGGCUCAAUGGCCCUGGGUGAAGAUGAGGCUGAGGCAGAAGUAUCUGUCAACACAAAGGGCCCAUCCUGUGGCAGAUGGGACUCUGGGAAGCUGCUGCCCCCAGGGCUUGAACCAGAGCAGCCCCUACAUCUAGAAGUAGAGAUGGAGGAAAACAAGCUUCCUGCCUCCCAGGACCUACUUCCCACUGUUAAAGUCCUUGGAACUAUAACUGUUUGCUCAGGACACGAGGCCAACAGUGAAGACCUGCAGUCCGCAGUUGAUCCAUCUCAGGUGUUGGGCCUCCCUCUCCUGUCACAGUGGAAGUCCGUGGUGAGCCCAGGAGCUCCUCAGCUCUCCAGCAGAAGCAUCUCUGCCCCCUCGCUGGGCAGCAGUCUCCAGGAUCACCAAGAGAAGGCAGAACCUCAGGGUGGCUCCUUAGCCAACGUCUCCUCUCAGGAGUUGACUGUACCCCAGACAGCCCACUCUGUGGUGGGGACAGGGCCUCAGCUCCAGUGGUCGACACAGCCUGUGGCCUCUGGCAGUGAUGCUACAGGCCUGGGUAAAAGACACCUCUCCUUUCAGGCAGAAUACUGGGCCUGUGUGCUGCCGAAUUCUCUGCCUCCCUCCCCUAACCGCCACUCCCCACUCUGGAACCCAAAUAAAGAGUACGAAGAUCUGCUUGACUACACUUACCCACUGAGGCCUGGGCCUCAGCUCCCAAAGCAACUGGAAAGUCAUGUGCUGGCUGACCCUGUCAUGCAGGACUCGGGUGUAGAUCUGGAUAGUUUCUCUGUUUCCCCAGCAAGUACUCUCAAGUCACCCACUAAUGUCUCCCACAAUUGCUCAUCAGCGGAAGCACCUACUCUGCCAUAUUCUGGAGCCAGAGAGCCAUGUUUUAAGCGCUGGCCCUUGGGAGUAUCCCAGAAACAGGGUGGCACAAGCUUGGCAUCCUGGAAGCAGCUUGCAUCGACCCCUAGAGCCCCAGGCACUGAAGAUGUUUCUUGGGAGAACAGAGAGGCAGCCCUGAGGGGCAUAGCAGAGGACUGCCCUGUAGGUAAGAGCCUCAGUGCGGGCUCUCCCCGACUGAAGACGGAGGAGAAAGGCAGACAGAAUGUUGGCUGUUCGGCCUGUGUGAAGCCUGGAUGGCCAUCAGAAGAGGAGGUGGGAAGUGAUGAGGAGUACCUUGCUCUGCCCACGAGGCUGACUCAGGUCUCUAGUUUGGUGUCCUACUCAGGUUCCAGGCCCACCUUUGUGAACCUACCCACUGGGACUGCUGAGGAACACAGUUCACUGCAAGUCUCAGACAGUGAUGAGCCAGCUUCCCCCACACUGGACUCCAGCCAAAGGCAGCAUCCUUCUGGUACUACCUUUCAAGGGCCUGUGGGCCAGAACCCCUGCUUCAGGCAUUCUAUGCAGCCCCAGGACUCUAGAGCCAGAAGUGGUCUGAUGAGCAGCCAGACGCUGGGGGUCUCUUCAGAACAGCUGAAAACUCACCCCUCCUCAGAAGCCGUGUCAGACAGGUGGCUGUUCUCAGAGCCAGUGAGUGGAGAGAAGCUUCCCAGGAAAACAGAAGAGCCGGAGAAAGCUUCUCUAGUACAGUGUGUGCAGACAUUUUGCUGUCAGCUGGAAGAGCUGAUCUGCUGGUUGUAUAAUGUCACAGAUGUUGCUGACCUCAGUGUUGCACCCAGGGCCAGCCUUACAGGUCUCAAGUCUUCUCUGCAGCUGUACCGGCAAUUUAAGAAAGAUGUAGACGAGCACCGCCCCCUGACAGAGAGCGUCUUGGAGAAGGGGGAGAUUCUGCUUCAGUGCCUGUUGGAUAACACCCCAGUUUUAAAGGAUGUCCUUGGAAGGAUCGCAAAGCAGUCUGGUGAGCUGGAGAGCCGUGCAGAUCAUCUAUAUGACUCUAUCUUAGCCUCUCUGGACAUGCUGGCCGGCUGCACCCUUAUCCCUGACAACAGGCCAACAGCAACAGAACAACACCCACAUGAAGGGCUUUAGCUGAGCAGAGGGGGGACCAUCAGUGAAGAUGGCACUCUGGGAAGAAAACUGAAGAACCCCUUGUAAGGGCCAUGAAACAGUUAAGGCAGGGGAAAAAAUCAACUUUAACAGACUUUAAGAUGCCUUUCUCUCUGAAGGGUUCUUGAGUUACUGUUUUCUUUUACCACGAAUCCCUCCAAACUAAGGCCUUUUCCUUUGGUGCUUUUCUACCAAAAAUAUGUGGCUUUACAAUUAUUUGAUAAAAUACUAAGACUUGUGGGUCUCAUGUACCCCCUUCUGUUUAACCAGCAGAUAAAAUGUGUUGAGGCCAUUUACAGAAAACUGCUGAAGAAGAAGGUUCCAAGUACUUGGGGUUCUCAGGCAUAGAGGGUGGGAUCUAGGAGAGGAGAAAUGUUAGCGGCCAGAGCUGUGGGGUGAGGUCAGCCCACAGUCCACAGGGAGUGAGGACUCUACAGCGUCCCUUGGCAGCAUUCUAUCAGUGCCACCUGUAGUGGUUAGUCUCCACUUCAACCAUAUCGAGAAUGCCUCAGGAGUUGGCCUGCUCUGAGCUGCAGGCUUUUGCUUCCCUCUGGGGCACUCGGUCCGCUCCCUCUUUCCCUUGGAAGACUAGUCAAAGGAAGAGAAUGGGUGGGAACGGCCACACGGUCUGAUCCCUACUUAAAUUAAAGCAGCUGUGGUGAUGAAAAGGGGGGAGGGAGUCUUUGUGGUCUGGGAUGGGUAGUACCUUGUCAGGAAGAAAAAAAUUGUAUGGACCUCUAUCUAUCUAGGUCCAUAUCUAUCAGUUGUUCAAAGCAUCAGUUACAGCUUUUGAAGCAAAGUGUUUAUAUGCUGGCUACCACAAAUUCCACAAAGUAUCAAAGGUGGGCUUCUCAGCUUUU